AUGGGUAUCUCCACCAGUGCUACCAACAGUUCCAGCCUCCAGAUUUCCCAGUUCAUCUUGAUGGGGCUCCCAGGCAUUCAUGACUGGCAGCACUGGCUCUCUCUGCCAGCUCCGCUCUACUCCUUAGCCCUUCUUGCAAAUCUUCUCAUCAUGAUCACCAUCCAACACGAGCCCUCACUGCAUGAGCCUGUGUACCAUUUUCUGGGCAUAUUGACAGUUGUGGAUAUUGGCCUGGCUACCACCAUCAUGCCUAAGAUUCUGGCUAUCUUCUGGUUUGAUGCCAAGGCCAUCAGCCUCCCUGAGUGUUUUGCUCAGAUCUAUGCCAACCACUGCUUCUUUUGCAUGGAGUCUGGUAUCUUCCUCUGCAUGGCAGUGGGCAGAUACAUAGCCAUCUGUCACCCUCUUCGAUACCCCUCCAUAGUCACUGAGGCUUUUGUGAUCAAAGUCACACUGUCUAUGAUCCUCAGGAAUGGCCUGUUGACCAUCCCAGUGCCUGCACUGGCUGCCCAGAGACAUUGCUGCUCCAGGAAUGAAAUUGACCACUGCCUAUGCUAUAACUUGUGGGUUAUUAGCGUGGCUUGUGAUGACAUCACUGUGAACAAAUUUUACCAGCUGAUCUUAGCAUGGAUCCUGACAGGGAGUGAUAUGGCUCUGGUUUUUUCUUCCUAUGUUUUAAUCCUUCAUUCUGUGCUGAGGCUGAACUCACCAGAAGCAAUGUCAAAGGCUCUGAGCACCUGUAGCUCCCAUCUCAUCCUCAUCCUCUUCUUCUACACAGGUAUCAUUGUACUAUCUGUCACACACCUUGCAGAGGAAAAGAUUCCUCUUACUCCUGUACUCCUUGAUGUGCUGCACAAUGCCAUCCCUGCUGCACUCAACCCCAUGGUCUAUGCACAUAGGAUGCGUGAGCUCGGACUGGGCAUCCAGAGGCUGCUUGGGCUCUGUGAAGAUGUGUCCACCAAUUAA